AUGGUCACCUUCGUUCAUUCACGGCAGGUUAUCGCCGAGGCCAUCAAGGUUAUCAGGACAGUUGAGGAGCUGAGCCCGACUGCUGGCAAAUUCAACUUGGAGGACCACCUGAUCGGAGGGUGCUCCAUCGACCAGACCGGCGUCCCCCUCACAGACAAGGCCCUCGCCGCCGCCAAAGCCGCCCACGCUGUGCUCCUCGGCGCAGUUGGCGGCCCUGAAUGGGGCGCCGGCGCCGUCCGGCCGGAGCAGGGUCUCCUAAAGCUACGCAGUGAAAUGUGCGCCUAUGGGAACCUCCGUCCCUGCUUCUUCCCGUCCGACGCCCUUGUCGAGUCCUCCCCCCUAAAGGCGUCUGUCUGCCGCGGCACCGACAUGAUGUUGGUCCGGGAGUUAACGUCGGGCCUAUAUUUCGGAGAGCGCAAAGAGUACGAUGGAAUUAAUGCGUUCGACACUGCUGUUUAUACGAAACCAGAAGUCGAGCGUAUCGCGCGGCUGGGCGGUUACCUAGCCAGGGCUAGGGGAGAAUCGCGGGUUAUCUCGCUCGAUAAGGCAAACGUGCUGGCGACGAGCAGACUCUGGCGUAGUGUGGUGGAUGAGGUUUAUAAAAACGAGUUCCCUGAGCUGAAGGUUGAGCAUCAGCUUAUUGACAGCGCGGCCAUGAUCAUGGUCAAGAACCCGACGAAGCUGAAUGGCGUUUUAAUAGCGCCCAACUUGGCAGGGAGCGCGCCGGACAUAUCAGGGAAAGGGAUUGUGAAUCCCAUUGGCACCAUCCUCUCCGUGGCCAUGAUGUUCCGGUACUCUCUGGAUCUCGCCCACGAGGCUAAAAUCGUCGAGGACGCGGUCCGCGCUGCCAUCGACGCCGGGCUAAGAACCAAGGACAUGGGCGGCAAUACGACCACCGCAGAAGCAGGAGACGCCAUCGUUGCUGAGCUGGUCAAGAUUCUCAAGGCAUGA